UAAAAAGAAAGUGUUAGAAGUUGCUAACGCGACUACGAAAUAUUAUACAGUUUUCAAAUGCUUAGUAAAAAACUUAUAAUUAAAUCAAUGAAAUUUUAAGAAUGCUCAAUAGUGAAAAAUGUUAAAUCUGAAUAAAUAGUGCAGUAGUUAUUCCGAUUUUAUAGUUAAAAGUGAGUUGACACAUAAAUAAAUUUAGACGGCGAGUUCAGUGUUCUAAACACCGAAUCUCAACGAGCCAACCGUCUCUAAAUUAAUUUAGUGAACUCAAAAUAUUGGCUUCAAUUCGCAAUAAAAUAAAUCGUGAAGCAGAACAUUUAUGAAAAAUAGCCUUGGAUUGUGCUACCGAGUCUAACUGCCCACACAAGAACCCACUUUAUUUUGUCACGAAAUGGCAUGUUUAAACACUUUAAAGUUAGAAAUAAAAACUCUGGAAAAAAUAUUUACUAAAAGUCAUGAGCGCUUCCAAAUUCUUAACUCGAGUGUGGACGAACUGACCUGUCGGUUUAUUGGGAGAAAUGGAAAACGAUAUGACAUUCACGCAAAUAUAACGGAAACGUAUCCAUCUUCACCGCCUGUCUGGUUUGCUGAAAGUGAAGAAACUAGCGUAACAAACGCCGUACAAAUUCUUAGCAAUACAAAUGGACGUGAUAAUCAUGUAAUAAAUCAGGUUGGCAUUUUAUUACGUGAACUAUGCCGCCUGCACAAUGUUCCACUGCCACCAGAUAUGGACAACCUUACAAUACCUUUUCAAUUACCUCCUCCAAAUGCGCCAUCAAUUGCCCAUCAUUCUCCGGCACCAAUUGAUGAUAUAGAAUCAGAUCAAGAAGAUGUAGAGGAUCCGAUUUGUGAAAGUGAACAAGAAAGUGAAGGCGAUGAAGAUAUACAACUAGAAAUGGAUGAUGGUCGCAACACAAAUAAGAAAGAUGAAAUGGAGGUCGAACACCUAGCCACAUUAGAAAGACUGCGCCAAAGUCAACGACAAGAUUAUUUAAAGGGUUCAGUUUCUGGAUCCGUACAGGCAACAGAUCGUUUAAUGAAAGAACUUCGUGAUAUAUACCGUUCGGAUUCGUUUAAAAGUAACAUGUACUCAAUAGAGCUCGUAAAUGAUUCUAUUUAUGAAUGGAACAUACGUCUAAAAUCAGUUGAUCCUGAUAGUCCGCUCCACAACGAUUUAAUAAUGCUCAAGGAAAAAGAAGGAAAGGAUAGCAUAUUAUUAAAUAUAAUGUUUAAAGAAACCUAUCCAUUUGAGCCUCCAUUUGUUCGCGUUGUUCAUCCUAUUAUAUCAGGUGGCUAUGUUCUACUUGGUGGUGCUAUAUGCAUGGAAUUACUAACAAAACAAGGUUGGAGUUCUGCUUAUACGGUAGAAGCCGUAAUAAUGCAAAUUGCGGCUACUUUAGUUAAAGGAAAAGCAAGAAUUCAGUUUGGACCUACAAAGGCAUUAUCGCAAGGGCAGUAUAGCUUAGCGCGUGCUCAACAAAGUUUUAAAUCGCUUGUUCAAAUACAUGAAAAAAAUGGUUGGUUUACGCCACCAAAAGAGGAUGGUUAAAGCA